AUCCAAUCGUCGUGAAUGGCUGACCGUCCACAACAGCUCCAAUUCCCGCAACGCCACUAUAACGGUGGUCCAAAGUCCCAAAGAGGCCCAUCGGCGGUAAAAGUCAUAGCAGUCCUUGGUGGCCUUCUCGUGGGCGGCACUUUGCUUGCACUUGCUGGUUUGACGCUCAUCGGCAGUGUCAUUGGGCUUGCUAUCACCACCCCACUUUUUAUCAUCUGCAGCCCUGUGCUUGUUCCGGCCGCGAUUGUUAUGGGCCUCGCUAUCGCUGGGUUUUUUAGCUCGGGAGCUUUGGGGUUGACAGGGCUAGCAUCGCUAUCCCGGGUCUUCAAUUACCUCCGACAGGCCAGCAGAUCCCUCCCGCAGGAGAUGGACCAGGCAAAGAGGCGCAAGCAAGACAUGACAGCUUAUGUGGGCCAGAAGACUAAGGAAACGGGCCAAGACAUCCAGAGUAAGGCCCAAGAGGGAAGGAGGACGUGAAAGGCAGGCUAGAGGUUUCAACUUUGAAGGACUAUCCCUCCGCGAAAAUCAAAU